CACUUUCACGUUGCUGGUCGGACUAACUUUCUGGGGAAAAGUUCACAUUUGUAUGUAAAAACUUUAUUAUAGUUUCUAUAAGUAAGCAGUCGGACGUAGGUAGACUAGAUCUAAAGGCUAUAUCUAGGUCUAUCUAAACUUAAUUAAUAAGAAUUAAGAUUGAGAUUUAACCUGUGCUAUUAAAGUUAACGUCAAGUAACACCAUAAAACAUAUACAGAAUAGAAAUAGGAUCCAGUGUCACCAGCAAUCACACGAAUACGUCCGAAUAUUGUGAGCGUGACAUGUCUGCAACAUUUCAAUCAAUGUGUUUCUCUUGGACAGGACAGUGAGAAUGCCUACAUCAUUUCCGGAUCUGAUCGCUAAGAAGAGAGAUGGUAAAGAACUUCUAGAUGAAGAGAUCCAGGAAUUUGUUAAGGGGGUCACAUCUGGCUCCAUGUCAGAACCUCAAAUAGGCGCUAUGUUAAUGGCCAUCUACUGUAAGGGCCUUAAAGAACGUGAGGUUGCAACAUUGACGCUAGAAAUGAAAAACUCCGGAGAGACACUUCACUGGCCCAAUGAAUGGACAGACGUAUUGGUGGACAAACACAGUACAGGUGGAGUAGGUGAUAAAGUCAGUCUUGUGCUAGCUCCAGCACUGGCAACAUUCGGUGUGAAGGUCCCUAUGAUCUCUGGUCGAGGUCUAGCUCACACAGGCGGCACUCUAGACAAACUGGAAGCAAUACCUGGAUUCAACGUUUCCCUGUCACACAAAGAAAUGGUCAAGAUUCUUGCUCAGGUGGGCUGCUUCAUAGCUGGCCAGACGUCUGACAUUUGUCCAGCAGAUAGGAAGACUUAUGCUAUACGAGACGUUACGGCAACUGUUGAUCAAAUUGGCCUAAUAACAGCUUCCAUCGUUUCCAAGAAAGCAGCAGAAAACAUUAAAGCAUUGGUUCUAGAUGUUAAAACAGGAAGCGGUGCGUUUCUAAAGAACGAGACCGAGGCUGCCAAACUAGCGCAAUCAAUGUUGUCCUGCUGUCAUCGCUUGGGCAUCAAGGCCUCAGCACUGCUGACUGACAUGGAUGACCCGAUUGGCAACAUGGUGGGCAACGCUUUAGAGGUCAUCGAAGUCAUAAGAUGUCUACAGUGUCAAGGUCCUGCAGAUUUGCUGAAUCUAACGAUCAGUCUUGGUGGUCAAUUAUUACAUGCUGGAGGCUUUUCUGACAGUGUAGAAGAGGCGUCCAAGAAAUUGCGUAAGAGUAUAGAAAAUAAAGAAGCCUUGUCCAAAUUCUGUGCCAUGCUGAAGUGCCAAGGUGUCGACGCGACCUUAGCAGAUAAUCUUUGUGACCCUGACCUAGACCCCACUGCAUUACUACCACAAGCCAAGAGUACAACCUGUUUUCAGUGUCAUCAAAAUGGCUAUAUUCAACGUAUCGACGCCAUGGAUAUUGCUGUAGCUGUCCACAUGUUGGGAGCUGGACGUAAUCUACCAGGGGAACCCAUCAACUGGGCUGUGGGUAUAGAACUGUUACACAAGCCGGGAGACCAAGUCUUGAAAGGUCAAAACUGGAUCAAAGUUUAUCAUGAUCAGCCAUUAUCGGAUAAGAUUGAGAUCAAGAUCAAAAAGUCUUUGGAAAUUUCCCAGACUCCUGUGCAGCCUAAAAAAACAAGAGUGCUGCGCGUCUUUACCUAAACCAUAACGAAUUCAAUUUUGUGCGUGUUAUUAUAAUUUUUUUUUGUUGCUAAAUUAGUUUUCAUAUUGAUGCAUUUCGGACUUUUUUUUCGCCUAUAAUUAGCUUCUGAAAGCAGCGAGUGGAGAGGACCGGUGAUUUAAACGCAUUUUUUCCCUCUUAUUAUAUUUAUAUAAUAUUAUAAUAAUUUUAAACGUUUUCCUCUAUACAUUGAGAUCACCAACGUUAUUUUUAGUGAAACUUUGUUUCUUUCAACGAGUGAUUGUGUAUCCAACGAAACAAAAGGUUGUAACUAAAAUCUUAUAAUUUGGUAGCUGAGGAAAAUGCUUUUAUAUUUUUUUUUCAUAUACCGGUGACUAUGUACAACUUGUAAAUAAUGACAAAGAUAUUUGUAUACAACUUUUUGUUUUUAUAAGAAUGAAUUUGUUUUAUUCUAAGUAAACGUAUUAAUUGUAUCUUUUAGUAAAUGAAGCUAAAAGUGACAAACUACUUAAACAGGCACCAAGUUGACAAAGGUUUAAUUUUAUUCAACUCGAAUACAAGCCUUAUUAUUAUUAUUAUUGUUUUUAUUUUAUUAAAAGAUUUUUAUAAAAUAACGUUGGUCAUUAAGAUCAAAGUUAAAGUGUUAACGAGAACUCAGUGGUGUCUACAUGAUAGAGGUGUCGGUCUUCCAAGACUUUUUCAUAUAUAAUACAUUUGAAUGACCUCUUCAGCCCAUUGGACACAAGAAUGAUUGUUUAUGGGGUCUAUUUAUACAAAUAUUAGAAUAUAAUUAUGAACAAAUGCCUGGAUCCCCUUCCAGACCAAAAUCCCAGUUUAUGCAUUUAAAAAAAAGUAUCCUUAAGUGUCUUAUAUUGUUACUGCACUAAAACAUUGUUACUGCACUGUUAGUUCUGUUACUGGUGAAAGAUAUUGAUCACACUAUCGCCCAUUUAAUCAAAAGUUAUUAACUGAUCUUAUGUUGUGGGAAGAUUUAUGUUUCUAAGUGAGUGAGUCUUGUUCUUCACAAAAGAUUGUUACGCCCUAGCCCAAACCUCUUGUAGGCGGAUUUCAAACUCUCGACUAAUGACUGAAGUCUGAUACUCCAAAAAAUCAGCCAUCCCAUUCUGAAGGGGGAAGGGGAGGUGCAGGUCUGACCUAUAUACGCUUGAGUUUAUUUUACACUUUGUUGUCAGUGAUAAUUUUCCAAUUCGCUGGGUUAUGAAAUUUCAUUGUCGAGUUAUUUAUUUUCUCACAUGUCUCUCAUUUUCUGCAAGCAAGCAAGAAAUCUGUCAAACUAGAGUCUAAUCUUUUCAGCAAAAAUAUCUUUUUUUUUUUUAAUGUAACAUUUCUGUCCUUUUUACAAUAACUCUAUUCAAGUUAGAGCUUCGUGGAACCGGAAAUCAGCCAGUAACCAGCCUGGACGCCGAGUCAAAAAAGGCCGCAACGAUUUUCUUAGCAAUUUAACGUUUGAUGUAUAUAGCUGAGAAAUGAAUUAGCCUACUAGUUCGUUGGCCAUAUGGGGAAAACCCUAGUUUGACUGUUAUAAUUUUUCAAAGUAUAAAAUAAAUAAAUGUAAAUUUGGCUUGAGUACUAGACUUAGAAUAACCAUUUAGAUCUAAAGUCAACAUUGGUUGUAAAAGGACUAUCGCAUUCGAGAAUUUCUGAAUGUAAGGCAUUAUUGGAGUCAUUGUCGAUUGAUUUUUGGCCGAAGCCUUAACGACGUACGUUCACGCAGCUGACGGUGUCGAAGUCACGGGUUCGAUACCUGGUUUAAACCAUUUUUUUGUUUUAUAAAUUUAAAAAAUAAAAAUUUUCAGUUAUAUAAUAGAGGUAUUGUCUUUUUUUAAAUGUUUUUCUUUUUUUUUUGUUCUCUUCUAACCUAAUUUUGUUUAAAUCUCGCACUGUCUAUUAUAACAUACUGUUUUACAAUAUUUGAUAUAUCCUUUUUUAAAAUUUGAAAUAUUAUUUUCUAAACCUCAACUAUGUUUAGAAUCUGAUUUUCCCUAUUGGUAGGCCUCAUGGGCGUAGCCAGGAUUUUUUUCGGGGGGGGGGGGGGGGUUUGGGGUGAUUUUUUCUCUCCCCCCCCCCCUCCACCCGCGAAAAAAAAAAUGUAUUUAUGUGUGUUUGUGUGUGUACAUAUUCUUUAUUACAUUCUGACCCUUCAUUCUUUCGGAAGACGUUUAUUGUGCCCUAGAAUAGGUUCUUACAUGAGUUAGUUAGUGGAAAUGUUGUAGAUUCCCGCCAUUGAUAGCAAGAGAAGCCCCGCCGCCAAGCACUAUUUCUGGUAUUAAAAGCCAACAAAAUACAUAUUCUGAGGUAUCUACACUGCAUUUUCCUGCUAUUAAAAAGUUUUAUUUCAAAAACCUAAUGUGCUAUUCUUACAGACUUAGACCAUCCCGCGCCGUUCGGCGCAUUUGCCGUCAAGCUGUUUCCAUAAAGCUGUAGAUCUCCCGCCAUUACUAGCAAGGCGGACUGGGGGAGUGCUAGGAGAUCCCUUAAUGCGGGGCGGAGCCCCGCCGCCAAGCACUAUUUCUGGUAUUGAAAGCCAACAAAAUGCAUAUUCUGAGGUACCUACACUGCAUUUUCCUGCUAUUAAAAAGUUUUAUUUCAAAAACCUAAUGUGCUAUUCUUACUGACUUAGACCCUCCCGCGCCGUUAGGCGCAUUUGCCGUCAAGCUGUUUCCACAAAAAUCUGUCACUGGUAAUGUCUGAAGCCUCUUCCCACCUGCCAUAAGGACCUCCAUGAAUGUGUGGCAUCAUGUUGUACUAGGAUAUCAUCGCAACUCUUCUUAUGCGUAAUUCUUUUUGUCGGAGAACAUGUCCCGCAAACCUCAUGCGACGCUCUGUCACAAUCUUACUAAGGGGUCGACUCCCAGUUCGGCAUAGGAUUUCCUUGAUUUGGACCCGAUCUCUAUAACUGACUCCUAAAAUCUGUCUUAGCCAUCUUUGUUGAGCCACAUUUAGUGUUUUUCAAUUUCGGCAGAUGACUAUUCACUGCACUUUAUUAAUGGAGCCCCGCCACUGGUAAAAAUGUGUAGUCUCUCUUGAAUACGCUCUUGGAAUUAAGUGACUGUAGUUUGCUUUAGAUUUUAUAUCGAGAAGGGAAGUUUUAUCGUCAAAAUCAUCUGUUGGGGGUUUUCCACCUCAAAAUGCUCUGUAGGGGGAUCUUAAACUCAAAAUCAUCUGGAGGGGUUUUAAACUUAAAAAAAAAAAACAUCUGUUGGAGAAGGGUUUAAACUCAAAACCCCCGAUUGGAUUGGCUACGCUCAAAUAAUUUUAGUGUGUAAUUUACUUUUUUUUUUUAUGUUGAAGAGAUAUUUUUAGCAUCAAACCCCCUUUUGGCAACGCUCUUGGCAUUUUGAGUGCGUAAUUUGCUUUUUUCUUACACUGAAGAUGUAUUUUUUAGCUUCAAACCCCCUGGCGGGGGUGGGGGGGGUUUAAACUCAAAACCCCUUUGGCUACGCUCAUAGAUUUUAGAGUGAGUAAUGUGCUUUUAUUUAUAUUGCAGAGAUACUUUUUAGCUUCAAACUCCACUGGAGGGGAGUUUAAACUCAAAACCCCUUUGACUACUCUCAUAACAUUUUGAGUGUAUAAUUUGCUUUGUUUUUAUUAUUAAAGAGGUAUUUUUUACAUUCAAACCCCGCUGAAGUGGGGUUUAAACUCAAAACUGAGUCAAAACCCAUUUAGCUAUGCUCAUAACAUUUUGAGUGUGUAAUUUGCUUUUUUGUGCUCUUGGAAUUUGGGGAUUUUCGUUUGCAUUUUUUUUUGUUUUGUUUUAUAGAAGAGGGAGAUUUAACUGCAAAAACCCCAGGUAGGGGGGGUUUAAACUCAAACCCCCCUGGUAGGGGUUUUAGACUCGAACCCCCCUGGUAGGGGUUUUUAAACUCGAACCCCCCUGGUAGGGGAUUUUAAACUCAAACCCCCCUGGUAGGGGUUUUAGACUCGAACCCCCCUGGUAGGGGUUUUUAAACUUGAACCCCCCUGGUAGGGGAUUUUAAACUCAAAACCCCCUGGUAGGGGGUUUUAAAAUUAAAACACCCUUGGUUGUGCUGGGGCAAGUGAUGGUUUAGUAUUAAAAUCUCACCUAAAAUAAACAAAAUCAAAGCAAAAAAUCAGUCACUAAAUUCCGAUCCCCCCUCCCGCAGGAAGGGGGGGGGGGAAUUUCAUUUCGGGGGGGGGGGGGUUGGCCCCCCUGGCUACGCCCAUGGUAGGCCUACUAUUUGGUUACUAGUCGUUGAGUUUUUAAGCUACAGAAAUCCUUUUUUUGCAGGGGUAUAUGAAAGUAUAAUCAAUCUUAUUAAUACCUUGGAUUCAAAAUUAAUAUGUGAAAUAAAAGUACAAAGCACAUAGCACAAAAAGAAAUGACUAGCAGACUGAUCGCUUUCAAUGUUUGUAUGUUUUAACAGUAAAUCUUACAAUUAGCUAUGUUUUGACUGCUAGAAUCUAGUUUUUAUAGUUUUUACCUAAAAAAAUAUAAUGAUUAUGAAAUUCAGUUGUAGGGCUAUAUAGGCUAGUGCAUGCUUAUUCGGUUUACAUUACAUUUGACUGAUAGAAUCUAGUACUGGUAUAAUAAACAAAGUAGAAAGGGAAUGAUUUUUGCGCUAUUUAAAGUGAAUCCCAGAACUUAGACUACAGAUCAAGUGUUCCCUUCAGUUCUCGCCCUUUAAACUGUUGUUGUUUCCUCGCCCUUUAAACUGGUGUUGUUUCAAAGUUCAUAAAUAAUCAAAUCAAUAAAAGUAUUUAUAUUGGUUA